AUGGAUCACGAUUGGCGGCGGCAGUGCGAUCAGCUGGGAGUGGAUGCCAGCCCUCCGGCCACGAAUGUGCCCGUGUCCUCCUCAUUCCUGUCCGAUCAGUCUGGAGGCGUGCCAUUCGAUAUUGAUAUUGACCUGAUACUGGCGAACAUGGAUGCUGAAGAGUUUCCUAUUCAGGGAUCUUCCGCCGAAGAGUCUCCAUGUUAUAGCAAUCCAGAGUUUCAGUUCAUACCCGACCGCUCAAGCUCUUACAUGGAGACUGGAGAUGGCCCAACUAUUGAGUCCAUUCCGCAUACAACCACGUCCAAUCAGAACUUCUCAGCAUCCCGUACCAAUCCAUGGAAUAUAACAACGACAAACUAUCAUAAUGAACAAACUAUUGACCAGACGGACCUAUCCUGCAACCUGACACUGCAUCCCGUAUUGUUGGCAGAUCCCGAAGUGAGGAGCAGGUCACUCCCCAUACCGUCUUGGAGGAAUGGCGACGUCGCAUCCAUCACUACCACCCGCCUCAGCCGAGAAUCUCUCCAAAUUCUGAAGAAAUGGCCUGGACUAAAUAGUCGUCAUACCUAUCCAAGCGAAGAGGAAACAGAAAUGCUCCAACGGAGGACUGGCCUUAGCAAGACGCAAAUUGCCAACUGGAUUGUCAACGCCCGUCGCCGAGGCAAGCUGCAACCCAAAAGGUCAUCAGGUACCCAAUCUCUCCAAGCUGCCUCUACUGGACCUAUUGAUAUUCCUCGUCGGCCUGACACACCGGCCGCCAAGGGCCUAAGGCCCAGCCAGGAUCCUCUGCAACGUUGGGUCGAUUCACCACCCGAAGAUGAACCUGCAUCUGUUGUGGCCAUUGCAAGAGCCAUGCAUGCGAAGCGAUGGGAUCCAUCUAGCGCCGCCUUUGCUUCGAAUUACUCACCUACCACUCAAGAAGGUAUAUUUAGCAACGAUUCCUCGGCAAGCAGUGUAGGCACGUCUAGCGCAGGUUCAUUUGCACACUCGCAUUCCUCGGACGGCUCGUUCCAAGUAUCCACCUUCAACUCUCUGAAUCAGAUAAAUGGUCGUCGCAGACGAAGGAAAAGAGUGAUGCCGAGCCGAAGUAACCAGAGAACAUCGUUGAUUGUACCGUUGAAGCCAUACCAGUGUACUUUCUGCCCCGAAACCUUCAAGACUAAGCACGACUGGCAGAGGCACGAGAAAUCAUUUCACUUGUCUCUAGAAAUGUGGAUUUGUACACCUGAUGAACCCAGAGUGAUCAACCCCAACACGCAACAACUCUGUUGUGUCUUUUGCGGUCUACCAGAUCCGGAUGAUGCGCAUCUAGAGAAGCACCAUCAUGGCAACGUCUGUAAGAUGCGGAAAUUCGAAGAGAGAACUUUUUAUCGCAAAGAUCACCUGAAUCAACACUUGAAGCUCGUUCUUAUAUAA